AUGGAGAUGCGCGGUUGGGUUGCUUUGGGUAAUUAUCUUGCAACCCGCAAUGAUCAGGAUUCCGGCUUCGAUCUACUUGUCCUUGAGUCCAUAUGUGAUCGGAAUAAUUUCAAUCGACAGACUGUCUUUGAGAUGCUGAUGCAAUUCGCUGAUCCCCACAAGACGGAAUAUUCACAGAUUGCCCUUGCCGCGCAGCAGGCUGAUAGCAAUGGCAGUACACGAUUGCAGGCCCUGGAACACAUCCAGACCAAACUCCACGACAUGUACAAACUCACCAUUCGUAUCAAGCCAAUGGAUGGUUCCAUGUUCCAGAUCGGCCACGCGACGACCAAGUCACGAAUGCGAGGAUACUUCCAUGAUGAAGCCACCAAGCUGAACUACUACUUCGGAGUCGUCCAAGCAAAGCGUGUUGUGUCACUCACACGCUAUGGGGUUCUCCUGUUAUCAAAUACUCGACGAGGCUCAGCAUCCACCGAUCGUGUCAACCUAGAGACCAAGCAAGCACAACGGCAUGCCCUCGAAUUAUCCACUGCAAAUCAAGCCCUCAAAGCCCAGAUUGUCAAUCUCCAGCGUCGCAACGCAGAGCUUCUACGCAUCAACGCCAACAUGGCCCUCAAAAUCACGAAUAUGGGACACUACCAACCUGCCGGCUAUGUUCACGUGCACAAUUCAUCCUCGGCACAAGACCGUCCCACACCUUCGCGCUCCACCUCAGCCCCAAUUCAGAACAUGUCUUCCACCUCGCAUGCCUCAGCGCAAAUCUUCCAUCCCGCUGAGCCCGCUUACAAGCCCCAGAACCCCAAGCUGACUCCCCCGCGUAAAACCCUCCCCUCAACUGCAACACAAAAUCCACCCCCUGCGCCGUCUGCCGCUCUGGUCGACAAGUACGCCAGUGUCUUUGACGGCCUGAGCCCGCAGUCCCCGCCUGCGCUCCGCUUGACGAAUUCGCGCACUGGCGAGCAGGUCGCUGCGUCGGGAUCAGUGCAUGAUAUAUAG